UGAUCGACAGGGUACAACCAUCUAGAUCGCCAUCGCUACAUAUAACUUCUAGCAAUACAGACAUCAGCUUUUCUUUGGCUUUUUUCCUCAUCAGACGCUGCCAUGGUUGCCAUCUACUGUAGCUUUGUUCUCCUCGACUAAUAAACUACUUUAGCGUCCGGAGCUUGCAUAACCUCAGCACUCAAUUCGACCCAGACGAAGCUGUCUCAACUUUGGAGCUGUUGAGCUUAGCCCCUGAACAAGUCACGAUCGCGUUACCUUGGUCUGCAUAUAUCUAGGUGCAAUGAGACCAACCAAUCUGACCGUGUUUAGCCUUCAGGGCUACGUGCCACAACACCGACUGUCAGCUAUUCCACUCUCAAGUCUUGUAUCUCAAGAUGCCUGCGGCUAGCUCAGACAAAGUCGUGGCCCCGCUCGAGCAGAGGCCCCUUGUGUUUGCCAAGGACUUGACCACCCACGAUCGACUUGUGCUCACCCAUCUGGCCGAGGACCUCGAAGAGCAUCGCAAGGCCUCUUCUUCGGAUGACGAAUCCCACUCUUCUCCGGUCGAAAGAAGAUCCCCCAAAGGCGAGAAGUCGAAGCCAAACAUGCCUCCCACCGCACCGCAGUCAACCCCCAAAAAGCCAUGUACCACCCGCACGAAAGCCACUCUCGACGCACUCAAGGCCAAAAAUGACCCCAGCGAUGCGCAUUUCGAUCCAACCGUCUUCGUGUCUGUCGACCUUCCUGAUGUUCAACUGCCAAAGUUCCUCCAACGCUACGUCUUGUCACCAUACAUCAAAUGGGCCCGCCAUGCCGUUCGUAACGAAAGCGACGUCGUCAUGAUUACCCAUCUCAUCUUGUAUUUCACCACCUCCGUCCCCAGCGCCCUCUAUCUCUUCUACUCGUUCGACUACUGGCACGCCUUCGCCCACGUGAUCAUGCAGGGCUACUACAUGGGCACCUACACACUCAUGAUGCACCAGCACAUCCACGGACGCGGCAUCCUCUCAAAGCGAUUCUGGUUGUUCGAUACCGUGUUCCCGUACAUCACGGAUCCUCUCAUGGGACAUACGUGGAACACGUAUUUCUACCACCACGUCAAGCACCACCAUGUCGAAGGCAACGGCCCGAACGACCUAUCGAGCACACUGCGGUAUCAGCGCGACGACGUGUGGCACUUUCUGCAUUACAUCGGACGUUUUUAUUUCCUGAUCUGGUUCGACCUGCCAAGGUAUUUUCUGCGCAAAGGCAAGACGACCAUGGCUGCGAAGGCGGCAUUCUUUGAAAUUGGGAAUUAUCUCGCAAUCUACCUGCUGGCGGCAUAUGUGAAUAAACGUGCAGCGGUGUUCGUGUUUGUGCUUCCGUUGGCGUUCAUGCGUAUCGGCCUGAUGGUCGGGAAUUGGGGGCAGCAUGCAUUUGUCGAUGACGAGGAGCCGGAUUCGGACUUUAGGUCGAGUAUAACGCUCAUUGAUGUCCCGGUAAGUCUUACGCCCUGCUAGGGUUUGUCAUGCCUCUGACAUCUCACAUUAGUCCAACCGUUACUGCUUCAACGACGGCUACCACACUUCGCACCACUUGAACCCGCGGCGCCAUUGGCGCGACCAUCCAGCCGCCUUCAUCUCGCAAAAACAGCAAUACGCCGACGAGCAAGCUCUUGUUUUCCACGACAUCGACUACAUCAUGAUCACGAUCCGCUUGCUGAUGAAGGACUACGUGCAUCUUGCGCAGCGGCUAGUGCCGAUCGGCCGCCAGAUGGACCUGACCAUCAGCGAGACGGCGGAGCUGUUGAAAAGAAAGACGAGAGCAUUUGGAGAGGAGGAGAUCAGAGCCAAGUUUGGCAGGGUGUGAUGGGCGCAUGCUGUGCGUGACCAAAAGACAUGAAAAAAAGGUGAAGAGCAGAAUUUAAAAAAGUC